AUGACUCAUACAAUUGUAAAGACUAAUCAGGAAUGGGAUCAAGUCAUUCAGGAUAUCGCUGAUUACGUGUUGAACUUCACUCCAACCUCUGACGAAUCAUUCACCACUGCACAAUACACACUGUUCGAUGCGAUCGGUUGUGGAUUCCUCGCAUUGGCUUUCCCAGAGUGCACAAAAUUGAUGGGACCCGUUGUAGAGGGUACCGUUGUGCCAGAGGGUUGCCACGUGCCAGGCACCGACUAUGUGCUCGAUCCGAUCACCGCUGCCUUCAAUAUUGGUUGUAUGAAUCGUUGGCUCGACUUCAAUGACACCUGGCUUGGAAAGGAGUGGGGACACCCAUCCGAUAACUUGGGUGCCAUCCUCGCUGCCGCCGAGUAUCGUUCCACUCUCAACGUCAAAGCUGGCAAGCCAGCACUCACCAUGCGUGACGUCUUGAUCGCCUUGAUCAAAUCCUACGAGAUUCAGGGUGUCAUCGCACUGGAGAACAGUUUCAAUCGUGUCGGACUCGAUCACGUCGUUCUCGUAAAGGUUGCAUCGACCGCUGUCGUCACUCAGCUCCUCGGUGGAACACGUGAACAAAUCAUGGCUGCCGUCAGUAACGCCUGGCUCGACGGUCAAUCGCUGCGUACCUACAGACACUUCCCAAAUACCGGAAGUCGUAAAUCAUGGGCUGCCGGUGAUGCUGCUUCGCGUGCCGUCCGUCUCGCUCUCUUCUCGCUCAAGGGUGAGAUGGGUUACCCCUCGGUACUGACCACUCCAGGCUGGGGAUUCUACGACGUCUGCUUCAAGGGACAACCAUUCAAAUUCCAACGUCCAUACGGUUCCUACGUGAUGGAGCACGUUCUUUUCAAGGUAAGUUACCCAGCGGAAUAUCAUGCACAGACCGCCGUUGAGUGUGGUAUCAAGCUGCACCCAACCAUCUCAAAGAAGUUGGAUCAAGUCGAGUCGAUCACCAUUACCACUCACGAGUCUGCCAUUCGUAUCAUCGACAAGAAGGGAGCACUCAAGAACCCGGCCGAUCGUGACCAUUGCAUCCAAUAUAUGACAGCGAUCGGUAUGAUCUACGGUGAUUUGGAGGCAUCGCACUACGAAGAUGAGGUCGCUUUGAAGGACGAGCGUAUCGAUCAAUUGCGUGCCAAGAUGACCUGUGUCGAGAACAAGCAAUACUCUGACGACUAUUUGGAUCCAGAGAAGCGUAGCAUUGCCAAUGCCAUCCAAGUCAAAUACACCGACGGAACCUCAUCGGAAGUCGUCGAAGUUCAAUACCCAAUUGGACAUCGUAGACGUCGUCAAGAGGCCAUCCCAUUGUUAUCUCAAAAGUUCUUUGAUUCCAUCAAGAAUCACAAGUUAUCAGCAACCAAUUUCAAACAAAUCGAGAAUAUCUAUAACAACGAAGCUGCAUUCGCUGCCACCUCUGUUAAUGAUUUUAUUAAUUUAUUCGUAGUUUCUAAAUAA